GGGCUAAAUGUUCCCCUCGCUGCCUGUACGUCACAUUUACCUGUACAGACCGCACAGACCGCCAGCCGACCAUAAACGCAUUCUUCAACCAGCGCUCUCACAGAUCUACUAAUAUGCUCAGAGUUUUGAUGAUGAGCGGUAACGGCACAAGAGCUUUCCUGUUGCUGUUGGGAACAACUCUCUUGGUUGUUUAUCUCCACCAAGACAUCCUCAGCGUCCAAGAAGUGACAAAAGAUUAUAGUCAAAUGAAGCCGCCCACUAAAAACAACUCUUAUGUGUACUCCUGGCCAAAAUGUCAACAAAAUACGGCUGCUGCCAACGUCGCAGGCUUCGGCUCGCUUCCUGGUAACACAAAAGACUUUCUCUACUACCGACACUGUCGCCAUUUCCCCAUGCUGCUGGACCUUCCUGACAAAUGUGGAGGAGCUGAUAGAUCAGGGGAAGUCUUUCUCCUGCUGGUCAUUAAAAGCUCACCUGUGAACUAUGAACGCAGAGAGGUGCUGCGCAAAACCUGGGCCAAAGAGAGGCGACAGGAUGGCGCGUGGAUUCGAAGGAUCUUCAUCUCAGGAACGACGGAUUCUGGUUUUGAGAAGAUGAGACUGAACAAACUUCUGGAGAUGGAGCAGCGUGAGCACAGUGACAUCCUCCAGUGGGACUUCAGUGACACGUUCUACAACCUCACUUUGAAGCAGAUACUCUUCCUGGAGUGGAUGGAAAGGAACUGUCCCAACGCUCGCUUCCUGCUAAAUGGUGAUGACGACGUCUUUGCCAACACAGACAACAUGGUCGAGUAUCUUCAAGGCCUCAAGGACAAUGAUGGAAGCAAGCACCUCUUCACCGGCCAUCUGAUCAUAUAUGCUUCUCCCAUUAGAUGGUCAGGGAGUAAGUAUUAUGUUCCAGUUGAAGUGCACAAACCAAACUCAUACCCCCCUUACUGUGGUGGUGGGGGCUAUCUCUUGUCUGGCUAUACAGCUUUGGUCAUAUACAAUAUGUCCCAGUCCAUUGAUAUUCUUCCCAUUGAUGAUGUUUACAUGGGGAUGUGUCUGGCCAAAGCAGGACUUGGUCCUUCUUCCCACAUGGGUGUGAAGACACUGGGGUUUUACAUUCCCUCCAGCACACAGGACAGAUACGAUCCUUGCUAUUUUAGAGAACUGCUACUGGUGCACAGGUUCCUUCCAGCUCACUUGUAUUUCAUGUGGCAGAGAAUACACGAUCCUAAUUUGAAAUGUGGCAUGAAGAAAGCAGCAUUGAAUAACUUAAAGGUAGUGACUGGGCAUGUAAACACUAAAAGACCCCUAGGGACCACUUUAGGACAGUAGGUUCAUUCAGCGCAAUCCAAUAAUACAACAACAGCUCUUCUUCUACAUUUCCAGAGUGUAAAAUGUUCAGUUUUUGUUGAUGCUGUCACAGCAAUUGUUGUUAAUCCAUCCUUAUUGUCAUUACUAAGGUCAUAGCUGUUGUACUUGACUACAUUAUACCGAAAAGUGUUUAUAAUAUUCUGGCCACCUCAUGUAUGUAAAUUAGGUGGACAAUAUUAGAGACACAUGUCGUGCUUUAGAUUACGCCUGCAAAGCACAAUGUAAUUAUUUAGUGUAUGGGCUAUCAAUAAAAUACAUUACAUUUAAAGUUACAGGAUAUGCAAACAGUAAUGGCUAUCAGUGAAAUACAGAAUUGAUUUCAAGAUUUUACAUGAUUCCUGUCAAAACAAGAACAGUUUGGAGGUUUUCCAUUUGGACAGUUGUGUACUGAUUUGAAGUGAGCGGGGCCUCACUUAAAAUAUGUUGACAGUGUUUGGAGUUUUCCUUGUUGUCGCCAGCACUUUCUGAUCAAACACCACACUUCCAGUGUCUCAGUGUUGACCUCUUAUUAAAUGGUAACUAAGGGCAUUUUUUCAAACUUGAACUUUGAUUCUUAUUUAAUCAUGAAUGUUUUGUGUUUUCAAGAAAAAUGUUCAUAACAUUCAUAACCAAGUUUUCAGGGGCUUUAAGGGCUUAUUUAUUUAGUUGUAUUUUAUUUUUCUGUAAGGUACUCGGGCAACUUUUUUUAUAUGCUGUACUGUAAAAAUACACUUUAUUUAAGCAAAUUAAAGCAAUAACUGAAAAUGUGUUUUUCAUAUAGCAGCACCGCACAGAAGCUGUGACUGAUUGAUCAAUAAGAAAGGAGGGCGUAUUUUUUGUGCAUUUAUUUAUUCUCUAUUGAUUCACAUGAUUUCUUCUCAUUCUCAUUCAGAAGGAGAAUUUGUGAAAAUUCUUCCAAAAACUGUCAGUCUGUCUGGAAUAAUUCAUGAAGGUGAAGGAAAACCUGUCAUGGAAACUCAGUGAUGAUAAGUGAAAUCAAAGCUGUGAUAAGUGCAACUGGAAAGAGGAAACACUGCAUUCUCCCACUCUGCAAGAACAAAAGCUGCUGUGACGUCUGAGUGUGAGAACUCCUUCAGACACUUGGUGAGAGGCUUCAGGAUAUGAAAAGUAAACAAAAUGAACUGAACAUAUUUGCUGUUUAAUGUGGAACCAGCUGACAAAGCAUGGCGGCAAGGUGGCCAAACAUGGUUCUGCCCAGAGAUAUGAAAGACUUCACUUUUUCUCUUCUUGGCUCACCUCACUGGCUUUAGCUUUUACAGCUACAGCUUUUACAGAACAAGUGAGAGGCGACAGCACAGCUUGCACCUUCACCUGUGCCUUUGUGGAUGUGACCCUUGGCACCAUUAGCACUCCCUCAAAAUUCCCCCACGCCAUGAGUGUCCGCGAGGAGUGAGGGCAUUAGAUCUCACAUUCAUGCAAUGCAAUGCAGCAAAACUGGCUUUCCACUUUUGUGUUAUGGAAUGAGCAUUCACAAAACAAUCAAACUGUGCAGUGCACAAUGAGUCCUUUUCAGUGAACAUAUUCUAUCCAUGUACUCUGGUGAUACAUGAUGCCCCCUCUCUCUUUCUGUUUAUCUACAUAUCUAUACACACACACACACACAGUCAUUAAAACUCAUUUUUAAACCACUUUGCAGAUUUCAUCUACAUCUACUACAUCUACUUUGUAAAUGACACAAGUGCUUUAAUAGCUGUUUUCAGAAAGAUUAUUUCACUUAUAUUUCACUAUAUCACAAUUCCAGUGGAUCAUAUGUUUGCAUACACUGACUGUGCCAUGUCAUGGCUUUAGAUGCUUCUGCCACCAUUUGGGUCAAUUGAAGUUCUACCUGUAGAUGUAUUUUAAGGUCUACCUUCACCUCCACAAGUCUGGUUCAUUCUUGACUGCAAUUUAUCAAAUCCUGAAUGUACAUUACUGAUCUUUACAUAAUAGGUACAACAGGUGCUGGAGGAAGCAUUUAUAAAAUCAUGUAUAACCAAAGAAAAGUCCUAUAUCAACAUAACCUGAAAGGCCAGUUGGCAAAGACAAACAAUGGCUUCAAAUUACAAGCCUCACACAAAAGGCUGUUUGUUGCAGGUUCCUCUCUCUCCUUGGUGCUUGUGUUUUCUAAUUAGAGUGAGUAAACGAGGAGCAGGCGGUGUCCCUUGAUUGUUGCCACACGAUUGGUCAAGGGGCGGAUCCCUGACCUUACAUUAAACAGCCUGCGGGCUGCACCCUUCCUCCACUCCAGUCUUGCCACCACCAGGAAACGCCAGCCUGUCGUAUCAGUGUGUUUGGUAGUGUCUUUGUCAUUUAUUUACCUUUUCUUUUGGUUAGGGAGUUAUGGAUCCUGUAAGUAGUGACAGUUGAGCAGUAGUAGGAAGGAGAAGCCUUUUUGCUUAAUUCACAUUUUCUCCUGUUUCCUCAUUUAUAGGAGGUGGGUAAUUAUUUGACAUGUAUUUACCUUUUCUUUUGGUUAGGGAAGUUGGGGUGAUUUAGAGUGUUUUUGCCUGUUAUGUUGGAUUAUUUCUC